AUGAACAGUUGUCGUAUCCGAAGCUGGCUCUUAAUCGCACUUCUCUCAUUAGCCUGGAUCGGGAGCAAUGAGUGUGCCCUCAACUAUCGGCUCGAAGGCAGUGUAGUGCCCAUCUUCUAUAACCUAACCAUAGGUCUUCGCGGCGAUGCCGACAACCCUGGUACGCAGUUCGAUGGCGAGGUCUUCAUUACUUUGAAGGCGGUGCUGGCAGAUGUGAAGGAAAUCACGCUGCACAAGGAUAUAUCCAUCAAUAUAGAAGAGUGCUCACUCUAUGAUGUUGCUGACCAGCUGGUGGAGAGUGGACUCAACGCUCGGCUGACUACUGAGGAGCAGACACAGCAGCUGACAGUGCCCCUGGCGCAGUCCUUAGCUGCCGAUGCCAACUACACUUUGUACUUCAAGUACACCGGAAAAGUUCAGUCCGAUACGGUGGGUCUUUUCUCCGCCAGCUAUAUAGACGAGGCUACGAUGAAGACCAAAUGGGUGCUAUUGACUCAGAUGCAACCCAUCAACGCACGCCUGGUCUUUCCCUGCUUUGACGAACCCGCUCUAAAGGCCAAGUUCGAGGUGCACAUUGGCCGACCAAGUGGUUUGAGCGUCGUCAGUAACACGGAAUUAACCAAAACUACAGACGAGGGGAAUAAUCGCUUUACGGAUCACUUUAAGGUUACCCCCAUUAUGUCCACCUAUCUGUUGGCUUUCGUGGUCUCCGAGUACCAGGCACGGGGCAACAGCUCGUUGUCGAUACUCACCCGACCGGCGUACUACAACUACACGGAGUUCAGCUACAGCGUGGCAGAGCGCGUGCUUCCCGCAUUCGGUGAGCUGUUCCAGCAAUCUUAUCAGCAGCUGGGCAACGAGCUAUUGCAGUAUGCGACCACACCCCGUUUUCCCCACAACAGCAUGGAGAACUGGGGCCUGGUCAUUUUCAAGGAUAAGGUCGUCUUGGAAGAGCCAGGCGUUACGGAUGGCUGGACGCAGAAGGAGUUCACCAUUCGCAACAUAGUCCAUGAGAACGCGCACAUGUGGCUCGGCAACAGCGUCACAUGCAAAUGGUGGAGUUACAUUUGGUUGCAUGAGGGAUUCGCGCGCUAUUAUGAAUUCUUUAUGGGACAGGAGCUAUACCCGGAAUAUCAGCUUGACCAGCAAUUUCUUGUACACAAGCUUCAUAAUGCCCUUUUUAGUGAUUCUCAAAAUCUCACACAGCCUAUGACCAGCCCACUAGAGAGCAUCCUUACACCCGCGGAUAUUGACUACAAGUUCGAUAAACUUACAUUUGAUAAGGCUGCUAGUGUAAUCCGCAUGUGGCGCAUCGCAAUGGGCGAGGAGAACUUCAAUUUGGCCAUCCAAGAAUUCCUCCAGCAUUACUACUUGAGCAGUACGUCGCCCACUGGCUUAUAUGUACUUCUCAACGAUCACUGGUCUGUGCAGGAGAGCGUAUUAAAUCAAUCCUAUUACGACUUCACCAUACAGGUGGGCUACCCACGGAUCAUAGUGAGCCUCAGUCUGGAUGACCAUAUGAUAUCUUGGGAUCAGCAACGCUUUCUGUUGAAUGCCAGCGAUGGCAGCGAUCCCAAACUGCGCUACACGGUGCCCAUCACCUACACCACAAAUCUGGCGCCCAAUUUCCAAAAUCUGACGCCCGCUUUUUACUUAAGAAAACAAUCAAAUGAUUACAACUACUGGUCGGACGAGCCCAUUGACUGGGUUAUCGUUAAUCUAAAACAAGCCAACUACUAUCGAGUUUUUUACAACGAACCGUUGCUUGGCCGGAUUCAAGUAGCCCUGACCAAGACUGACCACAGUGGAAUCCCCGUCGAGAAUCGAGCAGCGAUUAUUGACGAUCUCUUCAACUUUGCCCUCGCUGGAUUGAUUGAUUAUGUGGAGGUCUUCGAGUUCAUGGAGUACAUGAGCACAGAAACCGAAUAUAUACCCUGGUAUGCGGCAUAUGUGGGUAUGGAAAGGAUAGCAAAGCGUUUGACCCCACAGCAGCUGCCCAACUUUAACAAUUAUCUAAGCGAUAUCGCAGUUACGGUCCUCGAUAAACUGGGCGUCGGUUGGAACUCCGGGGACAAGGUGUUGGAUGUCUACAAUCGCAACAUGCAGGUCGCCUGGCUCUGCAAAUACCAGAAUCCCAAUUGCACUAACCAGGUAAAGGAGUUAUUUGAAGGCGGCACGGAAAAGCCAUCUCCAGACUAUCGGGAAACAUUCUACUGUGCAGCCUCCAGAUCUGGCGGAUACUCUCGCGUAUUGGAGUACUAUGCAAAGGAAACUAACUAUAUAGACAGAGAGAUAUACUGGCGCGCCGCCAGCUGUACGAGAGAUUAUCGGACGCACUACCAGAACGAGAUCUUGGGCAAGGGCAACAGCGUGGACCUGAAGAUUGCUGGCCUGGCUCAGCUGUACGAGCAGAAUCCCGACCUGGUAACGCCCAUUUUCCAAAUGAUAACCGAGGACAUCGAACAACUGGCCGAGGCCUUGGAGAGCUGGCCGAAGACUGCCCAGGCGCUGAGCGACUUGGCGGACUAUUUCACCACGCGGGAGCAGCAGCAGCUGUUCUCGAGCUUCUACAAGGAGAGUCAGACGCUGUUCGGCAGCUCCGCGGAGACACUUAGCCAGGCACUGGCCACGGUGGACUCGAAUGUGCAAUGGGCAGAGCAGCGCUUGAGCAAGCUGGUCAGCUUUCUGGCCCAGAGGAAUGGAGCUGCUGGACUGACGUUGGUAUCUUCUUUAUUAAUGAUGAUGUGCACACUUUGGUAUUUGUUGCUUAAAUAG